UACAAAAUGAAAUUUCUCUAUCAAACCCUUUCACCCAACUUCUUUAGGGCUUCCUUCGCAUCUCUUCUGAAACUCAAACACAGUCGCAAAAAUGCCCAAGCAUUACAGACCUCCUGGAAAGAAAAAGGAAGGAAAUUCAGCAAAAUAUAGUACCAGAACCAAAGCACUUAGACAUUUACAAGUUACCUUACCUACGUUCCGGAAAUUAUGUAUUCUAAAGGGAGUUUUCCCGAGAGAGCCGAAGAAGAAGUAUGAAGGAAACAAUAAGACAUAUUAUCAUUCUAAGGAUAUUGCUUUCCUGCAACAUGAACCGUUAAUGGAGAAGUUUAGAGAUAUUAGAGCAUAUGAUAAGAAAAUACAUAAAGCAGUGGCAAAGAAGAAUGAUGAACUUGCUAAACGGUUAAGGUCUCGAAAGCCUGGUUACACUCUUGACAGACUUGUCAAAGAAAGGUAUCCUACUUUUAUUGAUGCACUAAGGGAUUUAGAUGAUUGUCUUACUAUGGUGCACUUGUUUGCUGCAUUACCUGCUGUUGAGAGUGAGCAUAUUCAAGUGAAGGAUAUCCAUACUUGUCGAAGGUUGAGCCAUGAAUGGCAGGCAUACAUCUCAAGAACAAAUAAGCUAAGGAAGACUUUUAUAUCUGUGAAGGGAACAUACUAUCAGGUUGAGAUUGAGGGGCAAAAAAUUACAUGGUUAACCCCUCAUGCAUUACAGCAAGUGAUUACUGAUGAUGUUGACUUUAAGGUUAUGUUAACCUUUUUGGAAUUUUAUGAGACUCUGCUUUCAUUUAUCAAUUUCAGACUGUAUCAAGAUAUAAAUGUGAACUACCCACCUACGCUUGAUCCUCGCCUGGAAGCUUUAGGAGCAGACCAGUAUGCAUUGUCCAAGUACAUUGCUGGGUCCUCUAUGGUAGAAUCCCAGGCUGGGAAGGUAAAGAUGACCGUGGAGUCUGAGCUUAAACUAGCUCAACUUCAGCAUCAGCUUCCUGCAAAUGAACCAGGCGCGCUGAUGCAACUUGUUGAGGGCAUUACAGGGGAAGAUAAUGACGACGAAGAAACAAGGGAAUGUAAAGGUCUCUUUAAAGAUUUGAAGAUCUUCUUAAGUCGGGAGGUACCAAGAGAGUCCUUACUUUUUGUGAUUCCAGCCUUUGGAGGUAUAGUUUCUUGGGAUGGAGAAGGAGCUCCAUUCCAGGAAACUGAUGAUGGUAUCACACAUCAGAUCGUUGAUAGGCCAACGCAGGGCCAUGUCUUCCUCUCUAGAGAAUAUGUCCAACCGCAGUGGAUCUAUGAUUGUGUAAAUGCGAGAAUCCUUUUACCAACAGAUGGUUACAUGGUGGGAAGGGUACCUCCUCCACAUUUGUCACCUUUUGUUGAUAAUGAGGCAGAAGGCUACGUUCCUGAGUAUGCCGAGGUAGUUAGACGCUUAAAAGCUGAAGCAAAGAAAGAAGUACUGCCCAUGCCUGGAUUAGAGAAUCUGGAUUUGGAUGAUCCUCAGAGUCUAGUGGCUGAAGGAAUUAUGAGUCGGACUGAAGCUAUCGAAAUUGCUCAGAAGAAGCUCAAGAUGGAUGAACUUGAAAAGCGGUAUCAUGAAGAACUGCAGAAAGAGCUUCAGAAAUUGCCAUAUUCUGCUGCUGCCAGCUCAAAGAAGAACGCGGACAGUAUUGAUGAGGAGAUAAAAGAUCGCGUUGAUAGAUCUGCAAAGGAUGUUAGUGACAUGGACCAAAUUGUACGGACACGCAAGCAGAGGGGUCUAGUGAAAGCAAUGGAGAUGGGAAUAGAAAAGAAGGCGGCUAAGGUUAAUCUUCUUAAGAAACGGAAAGAGAAUAUUGCGAAAGCUCCUGCCAGCAAAUCCUCCUGAUUUUGGUUUUUGAUGUUCUCAGCCUUAUUUACUUGUUUUGGGUGGACCAAUUACUUUUUACUAGCAUAUUUUUGUUCCAAGUAAUAUUGAAGUAAAAGUUGUAUUUUUGACCAAAAGGGAGAACUGACUUUGACUUAAAGAUGGUUUGAGUACUUUUUCUUGACAAUCCAAUUGUUAUAAAAUCAGAUUCUAUUAGUGAUGUGAUUAAUGAUUCAUUUCAA